GCUACGUAUGGGCUCUGCCUCUGCUGACACCAAUCUUCCAUGUAUCUGCCGUAUGAGAUAGCCAAGCCCUUGGUGAUAUUCUGAUCGUCUUGAGAGCCGCAGCUAUCUGUGAAACCUGCAAUUCUCGGCAUUAGUUCGUCGUAGUUUUAUUGCCUCGUGCGACGGUACGCAAGCCAACACCAUGGCCCGUGAAGACGAUGUCGAGACACAAUCAAGGCAUGAUGAAAACACGCCGCUUCUAGUAGGAGAGCAAUCGGAGCCGCCCCGACUGGAACUGCAAGAAAACGACAAGAAGCCGACUGGCUGGUACCUAUGGAGGCUCUUCUGGGCUAUUCUUGCCGCCCUUGUCCUUGCCGUGUUUAUCAAGGGCUGGAUUGAUGCCGAAGGCGAUGUCAACUUUGACUUGGAGAAAGCGCUCAAGAAAGCGCUUGGAGGCGGCUUGAGCGGCGCGGCUGCCAUGGUUCUACAGGUCCUGCUUCUAAUGCCUCUUCGGACUAUUAUGAACUAUCAAUACCGCUUCGGAACCUCCUUCACUAGUGCUACACAAAUCCUCUACGCUGAUGGAGGAUUCGGCCGAUACUAUUCGGGACUCGGAGCCGCACUUAUACAAGGACCUGUGGCGAGGUUUGGCGACACAGCUGCCAAUGCUGGAAUUCUUGCCUUGCUGCAGUCGAACUCAUACCUGAAAGACCUGCCUUCGCUUGGCAAGACUGUUUUUGCCUCUCUUUGCGCCGCCGGGUUUCGCAUGAUCCUUACACCUGUUGACACCCUCAAGACUACCCUGCAGGCACAAGGACCCAGCGGAACUGCUCUGCUUCGACAACGCAUCAAGCAACAUGGAGUUGGAACCCUGUGGUGGGGAGCGUUUGCUACUGCAGGAGCAACAUUCGUGGGCCAUUAUCCCUGGUUUGCGACGUAUAAUCUGUUGACAGAAGCCAUCCAAGAACCACCAAAGAGCGACCUAUUUCUUUGGUUACUGCGUUUGGCCUUUAUAGGAUUCGUCGCAUCUGUUAUAUCAGAUUCUGUGUCCAACUCCUUGAGGGUGAUAAAGACCUACCGACAGGUCAAUGAUACCAAAGUGUCUUACGGAGAGGCUGUGCGACUGGUGGUUAGAGAUGACGGAGUAUCAGGGCUGCUUGGACGCGGACUGACGACACGCAUCUUGAGCAAUGGUCUCCAGGGACUGCUCUUUUCCAUUCUAUGGAAGCUAUUUCUAGAUAUCUGGGAACAAAGGACAAAGUCCUAGCGGAAAUUAACGUGUGAUUUUUGGGAUUCUUCGACUGAACACGCAUGCAUAGGCACUUUACUCAACCCGGAUCAAUGAAUGUAUAUGGUAAAAGACACAAUAGAUGGCAGAUAAGAAGAAAGAUCAGGCGAUUGUGUCAAAGACUAGACAGAUAACACAAUGAUUAGUCGUAUUACACACGACGCCAAUAAAUGGGUGC